AUGCCUCCAGCCAAGGACACCGAUUCGAAUUCCGGCACACAGGGCCAGGUGGCUACCUCAGCUCAAAUGUCUUGCACCUCUGGCUUGAAUCAUCAGACCUCAACUGUUGACAGCACCACAGUGAGCUGGAAUCAGAUCAACCGACCAUGGGGAGGCCAGCACAAAUCGACCAGUAGUACCGGCGAGACCAAGAUAGCGCAGGACAUGGACCCCAUCGGCCGAUAG